AUGGACGAAGCAACUGUGAGGCGUCCCAAACUGAACCCUCCCCUGGUUGGUUCUUCAAACACAGCAGGAGCUCAACCUAAAAUUCCCCUGCUGUUCCUCAAAUGCAGGAGCCCUAAUCUAAAAGCAAGGCCCAAAAGCUCCUGUUGUACUUUCAAAGAUAUCGUCUCUGAUGAGCAUCACAAGAACUUUCAAAGAGCAGAAAAUCUGCUUUUCCGAAGGAUCUUUAAUGUUCGAAACCUCAAAGGUGUUGUAGUGCUUUUUGUCGACAACUCGGCAAUAAUUGAGGACCUUACUUCCCAAGGCUUCGAGGUCAGAGAAAAGCAUCGUUUCUCACGAGACGGUAUUCCUAUAGCCGUCGUCAAGGUCAGAGUACCCAAACACCAAACCCACAUCUUCGACAUCACGCAUGUCGAUGGCCCGCUGAUGGUUCGGGUGGUGACGCCGAGGCGCGGUAAUGGGGUACGUCAGUACCACAAUUGCCAGCAAUUCGGCCAUGCCGAUGCCGCCUCGAACUGCUUUGCGGCCCCGCGUUGCGUGAGAAAUCCCAUCACACCAAAUCCUGUGAUAAAGAGGCUGAUGCACCUGCAAUUUGUUCAAAUUGCGGAGGUCCGCAUCCAGCUAGCCACAAUUCAUGCCCAAAAAAUCCGAGAAAUCGUAAUCCCAAUACUGACAUCCUUGGAACCCUCAAAGGUCCCGACUCCUAUCCCUCCAAAUCCUACACUUUAUGCUUCAGUGCUCAAAAGCAAUCUCAACAACUCGCCUCAAGGAAAUACCCCUGGGUCAUUCCUAUCCAUCUCUUCAAUAAACCAAGAACUCCAUAAACAACUACUUGAACAAGUAGCCAGUCAUGUCAAAACCAUGGUUUCCAAACAUACUACAAGAUGGCGAGAAUCGUUGCUGUCCCUACCCAAAAAGCUGCUAUCUGGCGCGUCCCUGGUACACUACAACUCAAGCUCGGUCUCAAAAGAGUAUGUAGGUCUACCCAAACUACCCGUACCACCUAUAGAAACCACCAUGGAAAAGUACUUGAAAACGAUGAAACCACUACUAAAAGACGAGGAACACGAAAAAUUGACGAAUUUGGUGGAAAAAUUCAGUGGGGAAGGUGGCUUGGGGAGGAAACUACAGCUCUACCUGUUGGAUAGGAGGGAGAAGAUGGACAAUUGGGCCUACGACUACUGGCUAAACGACAUGUACUUGAACUACCGCGACUCCAUACCUGUCAAUUCGAACCCUGGCAUGGUUUUCCCGCCUAGGAAGUUCACCACUAUCCUGGACGUUGCCAGAUUUACAGCCAGGCUCAUAGACGCAGCUCUGAAUCACAAGGACAUACUGAACAGGAAAGGACUGCCCGUUGAGAGAGCUACGUCCAGGGAACCUGGACAACCCUUGUGCAUGGCGCAGUACUACCGGAUUUUGGGAUGUUGUAGGGUCCCUGGAAGGGUCAGGGAUAGUCAGUAUAUAGCUAAGACGCAGAAAAAUGGUGAUCAAGCAAGCGAACACGUGAUUGUUAUCUGCAGAAAUCAGCAGUACUGCGUCCCGGUACAAGCAGGUGAUCGUGGAAGACUAACAGAAGAUGAGAUAUGUGGUCAAUUAUUGUAUAUUUUGGAUGAUGCUCCUUGCCAAUCGAAUGCACCUCCAGUAGGAGUACUUACAGGAUGGAAAAGAACUUUGUGGGCUGAAGCACGCGAAGAUCUAAUGAAAGAUGACAAAAAUCGAAGAAAUCUGGAUCUUAUCAUCAAAUCUUUACUGGUAGUUUGUUUAGAUGAAGCACUACCGAAUAGUUUUAACUGUAGACUACAAAAAGGUGGAAAAGGUUUUUCAGCUGGAACAAGAGAUGAAAGCAACUUGGCCCACCAAAUGAUCCACGGGGGUGGCACAAAGUUCAAUUCCUGUAACAGAUGGUUUGAUAAAACGGUUCAGUUGGUUAUAUCUGGAGACGGAGCUUGUGGACUAUGUUACGAACACUCAAUGGCUGAAGGUGUGGCAGUAAUACAACUUGUAGAAAGCUUCUGGAAACAUGCGGAAUCCUUUCCUGAAUCAUCAGAAGUACCUACAGCUUGCGGAGGUCAUUUGCCACCACCGGAAAAGCUAGAAUGGACUCUGGAAGCCACAGAUGCCAAACGAAUCGAACUGGCCUCAGAACACCUGGACAAUCUCAUCAAAGACUUGGACUUCCAAGUGUUUCGAUUCACAGGAUACGGGAAAGACUUCAUAAAAUCAUGCAAAGUCAGUCCAGACGUGUAUAUCCAGCUGGCUUUGCAGUUAGCCUACUAUAAGCUGUACGGUAAGCUGACAGCUACCUACGAGAGUGCUAGUACAAGAAGGUUUUUGUUGGGAAGGGUUGACUGUAUCAGAUCUGCGAGUCCGGAGGCUUUGGAGUGGGUUAAAGCUAUGUCACAGCCCAAGGAAGAUACCGAUUAUGAUAUUGGAAACAAAAAGGUGACAUUCCACUUGGUGAGUGACGAUCAGAAGAUUUUCUUGUGGAAUGAGGCUGUGAGGGCUCAAACGAAAGAAAUGGUGGAUAAUAUUUUAGGACAGGGCAUUGAUAUACAUCUUCUAGGACUCAGAGAGGCUGCCAAGGAUACAUCACCAACUGCAACAUCGCCAUUGCCUGAAAUCUUCACUGAUCCAUCGUACAGGAUAGCCAACAAGUUUUUACUAUCCACCAGUCAAGUAUCGACAAGCACCAAUUCCUUCAUGGGUUACGGCCCUGUGGAACCCGAUGGGUAUGGGGCUUCGUACAACCCAAAAAGCGACCAUAUCAUCUUCUGUUUAUCGGCUUUCUGGUCUUCGGAGAUCACCAGUACCAGUAGAUUUGCUCAGUCUUUAGAGGAGAGCUUGAAUAUAAUGCAGACCUUGUUUGUUAGACCUAACGGUAACUAAAACAUAUCGAAGAAAAUUAACAGUAUUAGAAAACAUCACUCAAAAAAAAUUAGGGUAUAAUAUUAGACCAGUAAAAUCAUAUAUAUUAUAUAUAUUACACUAUAUCGCUAGUCAAGAAUAGAAAUUGAAGCUAAAUUUUUGAGAUGGAGCUAUUCAAAAUCCAUAUAAGUCGUUCCUUUUCGUUCAACAGCUUUGAACUACGCAGGCGUAAGAAGUGCUUCUCAGUUAGUUGAUUUAUUUCAUAGUAACCAAUAGAAGUAGUUUUCUAAGUUUCUCUCUACCACGUAAAUCAAUUUAGCGUCUGACUAUUCGCGCCUUUACUUAUAAAUUUAAAUUUAAUCUCUGACAUAUUUAAACAAAAACAA